CAUAGCUAGUCGUAAGUAAUAGCAGGAAUUUCUGAAAAAUUAUCUUAAUUAAAUUAGGGUUGGUUAAGGAAAUUUAUGGUUUGUCAAACUGCGUUCUAAUACUAGAGGAACAGAAAACAUUGCUUUCCCGAUGUUUUAACAGGCAAACAUCGAUGUAAUAUCGAAUGAUUCUGCACCUCCAUCUAGUAUCUAAAGUUGUAGAGUUGCUUUGAAAAAUAUGAAAAGUUUGUAGAAAAGUAUAAAUUGUAUCUCGGUAUUUCAACAGAAGCGUUCGACAAUUGGCUUUCUCGUGGACUCGAUACGAUAAAUAGACAAUAGGUCUAAAUUUGUAGUGUCUAUUCUUGCACUUUUCUAAUGCCAAAUGCGAAAAUGCACUUUCUGCUGACCGAACCGCAGUGGUCCGCCUGGUGCUCCGCAUUCUACGAAUCUCCGCAGAAUCGUCUGGCCCAGAAUGUCUGUACCGCUCGAGAUCCCAUCAACGUGUGUCUGCGAUCCGAAGCGGAAUUGUGCUCCUUAGUCCAAGGCAACAAAACAUGGCACGAGGUGGAUACUCAGGGAAAGGGAACCACUGGUGGUCCUAGAUGGAUUUGCACGGGCCUCGACCUGCUGCGCCAGGAGAUGGACAGAAAGUUCCCUCUGCCUUCGGACUUUGAAUUCUCUGCAGCGCACUUAUUUUUCUGGCACAAGCUGGAGCGAUGCAACUACUUCCUGUGGACAGUUGCUGAUCUUCUAAUGCAAUGCGAGCCGCUGGAUGGUCGCUGCUUUCGGCAUUUCAUGAAGAAUGCCGUUCCGGAUGGGGGCAACUGGCAGAUGUUUGUUAACCUGGUCAAGAAAUACGGCGUAAUGCCCAAGAAAUGCUACCUGUCCACACAGCGAAGUCGAAAAAUGAACACUAUGCUAAGGAGUAAGCUCCGUGAAUAUGCCAGCAAGCUGCACGCCCAGUUCACAUUCAAUGGCAACGGCGACCGCCUGCCCAAGCUGAUUCCAAAAAUGAUUAAGAGUCUCUUCAAACUGCUGAGCAUCUGCCUGGGUGAACCGCCCGAGACUUUCUCAUGGACAUUCUACGACCACAAGAAGCGCUACCACAGCUUGAAAAAACUGACAUCGGUGCAUUUCUACGAGGUGAUGGUGGCCUGUACCGUCGAUCUGGACGCUUUCGUUUGCCUUGGCCACGAUCCUCGAAUUUCCUCGAUUCCCCAGAGCAACUAUCAAGUCACCCACAGUUCCAACAUGAUGGGCGGUGAACCGCACAGGUAUAACAACCAAUCGAUUGAGGUCAUAAUGCAGAUUAUAGUGGACUCCUUGGCCGGCGACAAGCCAGUUUGGCUAGGCUGCGACCUUUCCAGCAUAUUAAGUACAAAAUCGGGACCAUUAAGCCUACAAUCUCAUACAUUUGAUCUAAUAUUCGGCAUUAAGGUGGGUGACUGCCUUAGCAAAGCAGAGAGACUGAUCUACAAAGAAUCCCGACGGGACACAGCUUUACUGCUCACUUCGGUUGGAUUGGACUCUAUGAAAGAGCCCGUAGAGUUUCGCACCAUUAGUGCUAUUGCAGUUGGCCAAAGCGAAUCCACAGGGAGUCUCCAUGAAAACGAUGAUAAAAAUAAGAAAAACAAUGAGGAGAAACUUAAGAAGAAGUCGGCCAAAAACCAAGCCAACAAAAUGGAGGCAGAUUGGUUGAGGGAGUACGCCUUCGAAAUAGUGGUCCACGAGAAAUUUGUUCCUCCGGGGGUUCUACAUGCCGCUAGAAUGCCGAAAUACAAAGAGUUGCCCGCCUGGGAUCCCAUGGGAGCCUUCCUUAAAUAAAAUGUAACUACUUUUUAAUCUA